CAUAAUUUCAGAUCCCUCUGAAAAAUCCCCAAUUCCACAGUCUCUUGCAAGCAUUGCGCGCACAAACACUCUCAAAUUAGGGUUUUUGCAAACCUAAUUGUGUGUGCAUAUAUACAUAUGUAAUAUUUAAUGUAUAUAAAAUAAGAGAAUAUUAUUGAAUAGGUUUUGGAAAUUGGAUGGAGCUGAAGUUUAAUUGGCAACAUGAGGGAGGAAACAGCGAGAUCAUGAGGAGUUAGAGCGAGUAGAGAUGGGCGUGGCCAAGGCAUGGAGGUGUGGCGGUGGCGCGUUGAGUAAUGUUGCUGCUGUGGCCGCGGUGCAAAAUCGGCAGAAGCACCAUUUAUUCGUCCUCUGUGCGUCUUCGUCUAGGCGGCCGAUCUCGUGGACGGCCAUCUGCGGGGUGAUGCUCUUCGCCUUGGGGUUGAUUUCGCUCUUCACUGGCCAUGUCGCGUCUAAUCUCGAGUGGUACUCUCAGCACUCUUGGUUCUUCAGACGGGACAGGAGUAUUCGUGCACCGAUUGAUAUUUGGAAAUCAAAAUAUUCUAAAUUUUACUAUGGAUGCAGUGAAAGAGGCCAUCUUUUUGGGGGCUCUGUUAGUGAGCGAUCAUCAAAUGGAUAUUUACUUAUUGCAACUAGUGGAGGGCUCAACCAGCAAAGAACUGGAAUAACAGAUGCAGUGGUAGUUGCAAGAAUUCUUAAUGCAACUUUAGUUGUACCUGAGUUGGAUCAUCAUUCAUUUUGGAAGGAUGAUAGUGAUUUUCUCAACAUAUUCGACGUGAAUUGGUUUAUCAAUUACCUUGCCAAAGAUGUAACUAUUGUCAAAAGAGUCCCAGAGAGGGUUAUGAGAUCAAUGGAAAAACCCCCAUAUACAAUGCGUGUUCCUAGAAAGUCAGAGCCAGAAUAUUAUUUGGACCAAGUAUUGCCAAUACUCAUAAGAAGACGUGUUCUUCAGCUGACAAAGUUUGAUUAUCGGCUUACAAAUGAACUUGAUGAAGAGCUACAAAGGUUGCGUUGCCGAGUAAACUAUCAUGCUUUAAGAUUUACCAAACCCAUUAGAAGUAUGGGUCAAAAACUUGUGAUGCGUAUGCGGAAGAUGGAAAAACGUUUUAUUGCUGUUCAUUUGAGGUUUGAACCUGAUAUGCUGGCAUUUUCUGGAUGCUACUAUGGUGGGGGAGAUCAAGAAAGAUAUGAACUAGGAGAGAUAAGGAAACGAUGGGACACAUUACCUGAAAUAAGCCCUGAUGAAGAGAGGCUGCGAGGGAAGUGCCCUCUUACACCCCAUGAAGUAGGUCUGAUGCUGCGAGCACUGGGAUUCAAAAAUGACACGUACCUUUAUGUUGCAUCUGGGGAAAUUUAUGGCGGAGAAAAGACACUGCAGCCCCUAAGAGAACUGUUUCCAAACUUUUAUUCUAAGGAGAUGCUUGCUGGAGAAGAAGAACUCAAACCUUUCCUUCCAUAUUCUUCCCGCAUGGCUGCAAUUGACUACAUUGUUUGUGAGGAAAGUGAUGUCUUUGUCACCAACAAUAAUGGAAACAUGGCAAAGAUCCUUGCUGGUCGAAGGCGGUACAUGGGGCACAAGAGAACCAUCCGACCAAAUGCUAAAAGACUUAGUGCUCUAUUCAUGAAACGAGAGAAGAUGGAUUGGGAUGCAUUUGCUACAAAGGUUAAAUCAUACCAAAGAGGAUUCAUGGGAGAACCAGACGAGAUGAGACCAGGGCGUGGUGAGUUCCAUGAAUAUCCAGCCUCGUGCAUCUGCCAGAAACCAUUCAGAUAUUCCCAUGCUCAGAAUUCUAGUUAUGAAUACAGUAGCGACGACCUCAGCGUGAGGAACUCGCAGAAACUCAGUAAUGGAAACUCGAGAGAAAAUCCAGCCUCUGUAUUCGAUGAGAGUGACCACGUUAAUCCCUUGUCUGACUGACUAAGGAGGAAACUACAAAACAUUGUUUGGCUUUGCCAAAGUGCUGCAUAUGUGUUUCUAAACUGCUGCUUGGAGUGCCAACUGAUCCUCCGAGUCGUCAAAGUUUAGCCUACUUCUCAGUUGUCUGCUACCAUUAUAUAUUAUUGCUGGAUCUGUACAUAGCAAGAUUCUAACUACUGAUGGAUGAUCAGCUGCAAUUGUUCGUAAAUAUAUACUCCCAUCCUUUUUGUAACA